AUGGAAAUAGAGCGGGAGGCAGAGAUGGAUCCUAGAGUCCUCCGGUACCUAGAAAACAACCGGAAAUGGGCCGCAAACCCGGAAUAUAGAACCCCGGUGAGGUUUAAGGAGAUGCAGAAAGCGGGACGCGAGUUGGAGAACGGAACCAUCAUCAUUUUAGCAUGUACGGAUCCCCGCUGCACGCCAGAAGAAUUCUUUGGCAUGAGUUCGGAGAGGGGAAAUAAAGCAACCAUAAUCCGCACAGCCGGCGCCCGCGCCCAACCCGCUCUCAGCACGUUGUACGUCCUGUCCGCGGUGGGGAAUCUAGGGAAGAAGGGUACGAUUAUGGUGGUGGGACAUACGGAUUGUGGGUUACAAUCCACAACAGACGUCGAAAUCCGAAAAGUCCUCUUAGAUAGUGUAAGAGAGGAUUUAAAUACCGAUGAUCUUUGUGAAGCGGAUGAACGACUCCGAGGUGGGAGGUGGGGUGUGCAGUUGGGUGCUUUUGUACGACCAGAUGAAAGUGUAACAGAAGACGUAGAGAUGUUGAAGCGGAGUCCGUUUUUUAAGGGGAUGCAGAUCCUGGGGUUUGUGCAAGAUACGCAGACGGGGAUUGUGGAGGAGGUUGAGAGUUGGAGGAGGGGGGUUGAUGGGGAUGUGGGGAGAUGA